UCCUCCUGCAGUGGAAAAAACACAUACUAAAUGUAAGCUCUUGCUUUUUUAUGAACAGAAAACCCUCACUCGAGGAGUUUGCAUUAUGGAAGAAGGCUAUGUGCUUAGUUUGUCAUUCUUCUGUUUUCAUUUUUUCUUUUCAUCUUCCUUAAAGACUGGCAACCUGACAUUUGUGACGGUGGUCUAUCGCCAUGGUGACCGAGCUCCCAUUGACACAUACCCAACAGAUCCCUAUAAGGAAAGCUUUUGGCCUAAUGGGUUUCAACAACUUACACAGGAGGGCAUACAGCAGCAGUAUGAGCUGGGGCAGUAUCUCAGGAAAAGAUAUGAUGGGUUCCUGAGCUCAACAUACAAUCGUAAAGAGAUCUAUGUACGCAGCACAGACUAUGACCGAACGUUGAUGAGUGCACAGGCAAACCUUGCAGGAUUGUUCCCACCCAGUAGAAUGCAGUUAUGGAGUUCAAAUCUACCAUUUCAGCCAAUACCAGUUCACACGGUGCCCAUUUCUCAAGACAGGCUACUGAAAUUCCCUUCAAAAGAAUGUCCGCAAUACAAUGAGUUAAUGAGAGAGACCAGCGAGCAACCUGAAUAUCAUGACAAGAUGGACAGCUGGAAGGAAUUCAUCCCACGUAUUGCAAAUCACACAGGUUAUGGUGCAGAGUACUCUCUCCCACGCCGUAUGUGGAAGGUCUAUGACACACUCUUCUGUCAGAAAUCCCACAAUUUUACCCUCCCCACAUGGGCCACUCCAGAUGUCUUUAAAACCCUACAAGAUAUGUCUAACUUUGAAAUCAAAUUGCAUGUGGACAUUCAUAGGACUACAGAGAAGGCUCGUCUUACUGGGGGAGUCCUGGUAGAUGCUGUGUUAAGAAAUUUCUCAGAGGUCCUACACAAAUCAUCACCACUGAAAAUGGUCAUGUAUUCAGCACAUGACAGCACCAUCAUAGUCCUGCAAGCUGCUUUGAAGGUUUACAAUGGACUACACCCACCAUAUGUGGCAUGUCAUAUGUUUGAGUUUUUCAAAGAAGAGGAUGGCACUUACAGUGUUAGCAUGUAUUAUCGGAAUGAUUCCAGCAGCGAGGCGUAUGAGCUGGUCCUGCCAGGGUGUACAUCCCCAUGUCCACUAAAACAAUUCAUCCAGUUGACAGCAGCGGUCAUCCCUCAGGACUGGAGAAAGGAGUGCCAACUUAAGGAGCAGAUCCAGAAAACAGAUGUCACCAUUGUAAUAUUGGCUAUCCUCAUUGCAAUCCUUGGAUUAGUACUAGCUGCUGUCCUGCUCUGGAUCUGGAAAUCUCGCAAGCACUCAACAUGGAGACAUAGGCACCAAGGAGCUUAACGGCUAACAGACCCUUAGCUUUGGAACAUAUCCUAAGUGUCCUUUUCAUGUGGCACCCCUGAUAGAACUAUGCUAUCAAUACUUUAUUGUAAUAUAAUAAAAUUACUGUAAGCUA